AUGAGUAAAGGAGGUCGAGCAGCCUUGGCUAGAAGUAGGUCAAUAGAUCAUCAAAUAGAUGAAGAUCGGGAAAAGAAACAGAAAGAAGUCCAGUUAUUACUCUUAGGUGGUGCUGGUUCGGGUAAAAGUACGUUCAUAAAACAACUUCAACUACAUUAUGGUAAUGGCUUCCCGGAAUCAGAAAGAGAAAUUUUUACCGAGCAAAUUCUGAAAAAUGUAACAGAGGGUUUGGUUCUUAUACUUGAACAGAUGGAAAUUCUGGGUAUUAAAUUUGAAAAAGAAGAAACCGAGCAACAUGGUAUAGAACUAUCAGGAAAACAUCCCAGAGUGUCUAUGAAAAUGAUACUUAGCAAAAUGGCGGAAGACGAAGAAGCCGCAUUAAAGGCUCAACAAAACCGUAAAAAUGCAGAUUUAUCUCCAACGAUGGCGAAAUUAAAAUUAUCAACACCUUAUCUUAGACCUAAUACUGAAAUGAUACUACAAAUCUGGAGUGAUGCUGGUGUUCAGUGUAGUUAUGCCUCAAGACAUAAAUUUAGUCCAGAAAAACUAACACAUAGCGAAGAAUAUUUUCUAGAGAGUAUUGAUAGAAUAACUAAGAAGAAUUUUGUACCAACAGUACAAGAUAUAUUAUAUAUUCGUCAACCAACAUUGGGUGUGAUGGAGAAUACGUUUGAAAUAGACAAUCUUAUUUACAGGGUAAUUGACGUAGCGGGACAGAAAAGUUUAAGAAAGAAAUGGAUUCAUUUCUUUGAAGCAGUGACAGCUGUUAUGUUCUUUGUACCACUGAGUGGUUAUGAUGAAGUUUUAGAAGAAGAUACAACCAUGAAUUGUUUACAAGACAGCUUACAGGCAUUUCAUGAAGUUUCUCAUAAUCAUUAUUUAGAGAAGACCGAUAUGAUACUAUUUCUUAAUAAGAAAGAUUUAUUUGUACAGAAAGUAAAGAAAUUAAGUAUUAAAACAUGUUUCCCUAAAUAUAAAGGGGAGAAUACUCCAGAAGCCUGUUUGAAAUAUAUCAAAGAUCAGUUUAUUCAACAUAAACCAGGACAUAAACAAGUGUAUAUACACGUAUCUUGCGCUGUAGAUGUUAAAAUGAUGAAAGAUAUAUUAAGUAGUGUUAUUGACAUCGUUGUUGAAAUCAAUCUGAGAAGAGCGGGAAAUUUGUAGGAUUAUUCUUCUUUUGUAGUCACGAACAUUUUUACUGUAUAACUUAUAUAAGUGUUAAAUAUGAUAUGAAUUCGUAAGGGCUUGAUGAUUGGUCUACACCAACCUAAGUAAUGUUAUUGCCUUGAUUAGAUUGAGGUUUUAAGAAACGAGUAUAUCUAGGAUGGAUUAAAAAAAAAUUUUUUUCUCUAAAGAAUAUCAGUUAUUUCUGCGUUAUAUCGUAACUGUUAUGGGGUUAUUUUAUGUAUUGUUGACUAUUUAGACAGAUUUCCAGAUACAACUAGCGAUUGAUUUUACUUGUAUUGUUGGAUUAUAUAUGCUGAUAUAUUAAGUUUGUUAGGAGGAUGCUCGCCUUUAAUGAGAUUGGAUAACGACCCUGAUAUUUGAUGUAUUUCCAGGGGGUAUUAUUUCAUCAUAAUUUGUUUAGUUUUAACCUAGGUAUGCGGUUAAUUCAAUUAAUGAACACGAUAAGAGCAAAAGUAAGUCCAAUUAAGGACAUGAACAUGUAUAUUCUACGUUGGCAUUAGCGUCAGACAUUGGGUUUCUCAAUUUUCCAACAUUUUUAUCCAUUACUUUCGCAAUGUUCUGAUUGUAUCUGUUUAUUUUAUGUAUGUUCAUUAGUUACAUGAAGCCUUAAAACAGGUGGACAAAUACCAUAAAUAUGUAAACUAUUUCGAAUAUUUAUUAUCUCAUUAUUGACAGUAAAUGUUAUAAUGGAUAUAUGCCAGGUAAUCUAAAAUAAACACUAAUCUUUCAAGAACUAUUUUGCCUGCGAUGCAAAUAGAAAAGUAUAAAUCUUCAAGAUUUAACCAGUCAUAUUUUAGGUAUGAAUCAUUUUGAAGAAUGUUUUGAUUUAAUUUUUGAAGAGUUUUAUAGAUAUCUCAUAAAACCAUUGUUAAUGGAUGUAUCAAUACGAAUACUUUUUUCCAAGUAUAACCUCUUUCACUAUGUCACAGUAGCAUUAUAUAUUUUAGUAUAAUACGGCCAGAUAAAGAUAUCAUAGCACACCUAG